UCAACACAAUUAUGAGAGUACAUCUUUUUUAGAAGAAUAUCAACCAGACUGAAUUCAAAAUUACUCGAAAUAUGAAAAAUAAAAAUAAAUUUUCGGGUCUUGGGUUGUAUAAAUAUACUCGCUGAUUUAUUUUGUCAAACAUUUCGGAUUACUACAAACCAAGAAAAAACAAAAUUUAAUGGUUAAUAUAUUAUUAGGAAAACUCUUCUUAAGAACAUCGACUGAAAAGUUUACGGACCAGAUGCCCGGGUUUCGGUAAAUGUAAGAACUGUUAUAGUGUUAAUACAUUUAAAACGGUAUUACUUGAUCGGAGAUACAAAUCUUACCUCUAAGAUAAUAUGUAGGCGAUUGGGCCUUGUGCGAGGUAUAUGAAGUUCAGUUUGUAGUUGUGUUAUAAUCGAUUAUAGGUUUGUCCAAAAACAAUUUUGGAAAUUUACUCCAUUUUAUUUGGAAUAAAGGGUAAUCAAAUGUGUUGGCAACGACGAUAACGAUGAUUAAAAUAUCGAUAUCAAAGGGGGCUACACUCCUUGUUUAGUUUCGUCAGCAUGAUAUAAAGUGGACAGGUGACACGUUUUAUAUGUGAUGGUGAUGAUAUGUAUAUACAGUCCAACUUGUCGUAAGCAGCCUCCCAAGGGAAGAAGCCAAUUUGGCUACUUAAGGCAGGUGACCUCUGAUCGGAUGGUCAGUGACAGAGGCGGGAUUUUGGAGAUUUUGAAUAAAUAGUGUGGUGUUCAAUACUUGUAAAGAAGUAGACAUUGGACAGUCAAGUUUAUGUUACAACUCGUACAUGUGACGUGGGGAACACAAACAUCAUCAUCAUCAUCAUUAUUAUUAUCAGCAUCAUCAGCAGCAGAUAAUGUGGAGAUCAGAAAUAAAAAUGUAUAAAUAAAAACAGUUGAUGUACAUUUACAUUAUUCAGUUUUAAACUAUAUUAUGCCUUGCAACACUGAAAAAUGAACACAACUGAUUUCUGUUUUAUGCUCAGCUCACAUUUCGCAUCUUGAAGAAGUCACUUAUCUUGUUUGUUUGUCCAUCAUCUCUACUUUCAGCCGCAUAAAUAUAUACUCUAAGUCCAUAACGUUAUCUACCAUAUCAGGCUGAUUUUUACACAAUGCAUAUUGUCUGAUCUUUUCAAGGUAUAGAGCAACAUCAAUUGAACUGACACUCGACUUGACUUGAACAUCCUUUGUUCAUUGUCACUUUCACAUUCCUCAGCUCUACAAUCACUCAAAUUCCUGAGAAUCUCAACAGCAGGCCUGUCCCAAUCUUGUACGUUAUUAUAACACGUCGAGAACUGAUUGUCAAUGUCAAGAAGCUCUUUAAAGUCACAACCAAAGAGCUCCGAUGAGAGUUUCAGUACUCCAAGCGGAUAGUUGUCUUCAAUAUCGAACUCAGUGUCACAUUCAUUGUCGCUAACAUCAUCAAUAUCAUUCACAGUUGCCUCAGUAAAGCCACAAUUGGCGAAGCAUUUCUGUAAGAUCUGUCUUCACCUACUGCCAGCGAUGAUGCAAUAGAUGGCCUGCAGUAUCGUGAUAUAAGAAUCUCUGGCCCAGAAUUGGUUGGUUGCUUUUCCAAUUUUAGAUGAACAUGUUAGAGUUGGCGCUGCCGGUACUUAAGCUUGAAGGCUUGGAUGAUGCCAUCAUCUAUUGGCUGUAGUGCAGAGGUGGUGUUGGCAGGGAAAAAUUGCAGCUUCACAUUCUGAAAGAAUAAACAUCUUGUGAAAAUUUCUCGCAUUUAGCAGAAAUAACAAUGUUAUGUUUUUAAUUGCUGCUCAUGAACAGACUUCAUCAAACACAAUGUGCAGUUUUCACUGUUUGUUUGAUUUUAAGCACCACAUGUUUUGUUAAUCUUCUCUUUCUUAUGUAGCCUGUGAGAAAUUGUUAAGCAUUAGUCCUAGACCUCAGUGGAUCUUUAUCAAAACAUCUAAAGACAGCAUAGUUACAGUGGGUGUUUUUUUAGAUCAAUUUCAAAAGAAACUGAGUGGCAUUUUAUAUCCACUGUGACCUUAGGAUUGACAGGAGCAUUGUCCAACAGUAGUAAAAUCUUGCGAUUCUGGGCACGCAUUUUCCUGUUCAGUUCUUUCAACCAGUCUUCCUUUAGCGAAGUCAACAUCCAUGCGUUGCUAUUGGCUUCAUAUCGUACGGUAAGGAAUCUGUGGAUAUUUGGCCAAAGCAUCGGGGUUUUCUUGACUUGGUCUGUACUAUGACAAGCGGUCUCAGUUUCCCUCCGGAAAAUGGAAAAUAGAAAACUUUUACUCACAUGUAAUGUCCUAUUACCGCAGGUCCCUAAUGUUAAAAAAAAAAUGAAGUAUUAUUACUUUGCAACAUAAAAUUGUAAAACAACAGCUGAAAAAUGUUCUGUAAAUUAUUUGUGAUGAUUUUUUGUUUUAAAUCUAAUCGUGUCAUCGAGACAUAUUGAUUGACAUUAACCUUUGUAGUGCAAAUGACAUCCUGAGCGAUUAAUUACUACAUGUAACAAAAAUUAUGAUUUUCAAGGAUCGCGAAAACCAGUUUGUUACAAGCGGAAGUUGCUGUGUCAUUCGGGAUACUUUGCACAUGUUCGCAUUUUGCAUAAAGUCCGAGGUAUUAACACUACAAUGUGCGUUCGUUCUUAGUAUCUUUCAACCAAUGUUAUGAGACAUUCAUAAAAACGCAUGUACGCAUGCACAGACACUAAUAUUUUUACUUUGUUAUAAUAAGCGAAGUACGUGCAUGAACUCGGAAAUAAAAUUCAGGCAGGGCCACUGUGAUUCGCUGCUUCGAUCGUUUGCCCUUCGAAUAACAGCUAGACUUGGUCAUGUCUCAACAAAAAAAAGACAAGUUUCUUUCGUAUCUUUCCAUUGUUUUACAGUGUCAUUGUUCACUUCCCCGUGCUCACCACUUCGUGCUUUAAACACAAUGUUAUUCAUGUCAGAAAACUGUCCAACCACCCGUUAUUGCCCUUGAAAUCACUGUAUCCUGAGUCCUUUGCGAAUGUCCUAGCUCGCUCUUUUAUCAUAGGACCUGACAUAUUAACUAGCCUUGAAUAAGCGCCCAAAAAGCAGCGAUACAGAAGAUCGUUAACCUCGCCGAAUUCCAUAUCCCUCUAUGGGCGUUUUUCGUUUAAGUUACUGCUUGCCUCAUGUUCGUCAAGAAUCUCACGUUUCUGUUCCUGCACAUUCUGAAUCUGGGUAUGACCAACACCUAAUUCACCAGCCACAACACGUAAACUUUUCCCAAUUCCAAUAGUUUCAGACACUUCACACGUUCCUCUUUUGUCAUAACCUUCCUUUACGUCGACAUAAUCCUUGAUCACAGAAAAAAAUCACUCGCAAGAUAAUCACAAAAUAAGAAUAUAAAAUACAGGUUAGGUUUGAACAAGGAGAAUAAGAUACUAAUAUUUCUUGUUUUAUCAUCAUUUUUAUCAAUGAAUUCAGAAAACAAAUCUCAGUUUGCAAGUUAACAAUGGAACGUGUGAAUGCACUUUUUAACGCCAUUGUGUCCGAAAUCCUUCAUCCUUCACCUCUGAUUGAUGUGGAGAACUUGGUAGUAGCUUGCAGAGAACAGGUUAGUACUUGAACAGAGUCUAGGAACACUGAUUAGGUUAACUGCCCGCCGUUACAUUACUGACAUACUGUUGAAAAACGGCGUUAAAUCCAAAACAAACUCGAUAACAAAAGUUUAAUUAUUAUAACUUGGCAAAAAGUCGCGAAGUAAACAAGUAGGUAUGACUUUGAAUGCAUCGGGGCGGUCACAAUUCUCGAUUCGGGUAUGUUCGACAACUUCCGAACAUAAACGGAAAAAAUAUAACCGCUAAAGGGGGUCAAAUAUGACGGCCAGGAGGCCAUUUUGCCGACCACUGACCGCGAAAGGGAGGUGACCGCUGAAUAGAGUGAUGAAAUAGAGAAAAAAAUCGUCAGGGGCGUCACGAAGUGACCACUUACCGGAGGUGACCGUUGAUCGGAGGGGACCGUUAGGGCAGAUUGGAAUCUAGUAUGAUAAUGUAAUUAUGAUGGUGAUGAUGAAGAUGGUUGUGUUAUGAUGUUGACUAUGAUAUUAUGAUGGUAUGACGAUGAUGUUGUUGAUGAUGAUGUUGAUGCUUUUAUGAUAAUAUGAAAUACGUUUUUUGUGUCUGUAUGAUAUUAAUGGUUUGAUGUUGAUUUGAUGAUAUUUUAACGUUUAUAAUACGAUAUGACGAUACGAUCAUAAGAUGAUAAUAAUUAUAGUGAUGAUGAUGGUGAUGGUGAUAUUAUUAUAUACAAUGCUAUGAUUAUAACGAUGAUGGUCGUUAUUAGAAUAUGAGGACAUGUAUUAUAUGAUGAUAGGAUUUUGAUUGUGAUGAUGAUAUGGUAUAAUGAAUCUGAUAUAAUGAUGAUGAUGGUACGAUAAUGAUGGAAAUGAUGACUGCGAUGCUACAAAAUGAUAAUGAUAUGAUAUCAUCUUGGUAUAUUAUGGUACGUUAAUAACGAUGGUGACUUUGAUUAUGGUAAUGAUGACGAUGGUGGUAUUAUUCUGAUGCCGAUAUGACGGGAAAGGCGACGAUGAUGAUGAUAAUGACACUUACUAAUCUAAAUAAGAGUGAAAAUGCUCCAUAUUACUAAUUCAUUUAAAUAUAUUGUAAUCAUUAAGUAUUUCAGUUUGCUACGGAUUCUAAAAAAUUAAGGAGAUACCUCAGGUAAAAUGAAUGAAAGGUAAAAGGUUAACGACAGAUGAAAGUUAAAAUCACGUUUGGCUUGGUUUUGAGGCUGAUUGAAGCUGUUUUUUUAUUGUUAAAUGUUUCAGGAACUUAAUUUAAAAAGGGAAUGAUAGUAAUCUAUUUAUGAAAAUAUGAGAUCUAAUGCAUUCAAAGCAAUCCGUUGUUGUCGACAAAUUUAUGUCAUAAGCUACGCAUCUAUUGUCCCUCUCUGUUUGGUGUUCGAACCAUGUUCAAGUUUAAAUGCAGCAUGUAAGAAACAAUCAAACAGGCUUUCAAAAAAAUAAAAUAAAAAAACCUUCGUUUCUAAAUUUCAGUACAAGAAAACAUUACAUCUACUUUCAGGUACAAAUAUAAAGGUGAUCGUUACUGUGAGACAGAAUACAGAUGCAAACUAAAAAACGUUGAAAAGAGUCUUGUUUAAGUUUUGAAUUAGUAAAGUUGAGUUAUUCGUUUUGUAUACUUUUAAAAUGAUGUAAUUAAUAUAUAAUUUGAACUUGAGAAAAAAUGCACAAUUGAACAGCAUUCUGUGUACUGAUUAGACGAAUUUUAUUUCAUGCAAUACUUAGUGACCGUAUGUGCAUUUCGGUAUUACAUAAAACAAUUUAUAAAUUGAAGUAAACAAUGAACAAUUCGCCUCAAUUUUUCAUCAGCUCUGAAUGGCGAACUUUCUUAAUUGUUUCUUCAUUGUCAGUCUAUAAAUGAGAUUCGGCUGACGUCGUCCAACGACAUAGAUAUAGUGAACUUUAUAAAAUCUAUGUAUGUUCUACCUAUGUAUGUUCCGCCUAUGGAAACGGUAUGGGUUCAUUCCUUUGUGGGUUGCUUUACACAGGUCUUGCUAUAUAUUUUGUUAUUGAGAGGUUGCGAUUUUGUACUUGAGGCUGAUUCGUAUACUGUAGGUUAAAAGCGCAUCUCUUUCAAAUCUGAAAAUUUGAAGUGAUUAUCUUCACUAUCUUAAGAGCUACAAAGUUUUUAAGUCAGACACCGAGGGUAUUUGAGACGUGACGUUAAGAACGUCAUGAAAGCAGUCGUUGUGCAUGGCGUGUAUUUUUCAAGUCAUUUAUGGAACAAAAUUAUGCGUAACACUUACUUAACAUCAUACAUUUUGAAUAUUUAGGAACAGUUUAAAGCAAUUUUACUGAAAAAUAACUUAACCGUAUAUUUUGGUUUCAUCACGGGCCUUUUAUAUAUACACCUAUUUAUAUUCAUGACGCAUGGGUGAUUUUGAAUUUCCGUUGCCAUGACAACAGAAAAAACAUUUAUUUGAAAAAUAUGGUAGAAUUUGAUUUGUCUUAGAUGACAGAAUAACAAUAUAUUAGUUUCCAGUUUCUGGAGCAACAUAAGAAAAACAGUGAUUUUCCAGUUAUUUUAAACUACUUAUCUUGCAAUAAUUAUAUCACAAUUAUGUCACUAAAACAGGUUUUCUCAUGGAACGGCCCAUAUAUAUAUAUUACCAAUUUUGACGUAUUUCUGCUGUCAAGUUUGUUUUCCAGAUCCAUACUGAUACAUUUAGGGAGUCCCAGGCAUGCGAACACGAUAUUAGCAAAAGCUCUUCGUGUCAAGAAUGCGUCUUCCUGCAUUCACCGAAACAUGUGACUGCCAACUGCCGCAGUGAUUAUUUAUUUAGUUAACUUAAAUAGUGAAACGAACGUUUCAAUAUUUCGUGGUUACUUCUGAUGAGGUGAAAAAUUCACGUUUCGAGAUUUAAAGUGAAAAUAAUAAUAUUCAAUCAUCUUUACAGGUUUAUGAUAAUUUAUGUUUUCUUUAUUCUAUUUUCGAUAAAUUGUAUUUAAGUUUCUGUAGACAUAAUAACACUAUUACUGCUUUUUAAUGUAAUAACACUAUUGCUGCUUUUAAAUAUAAACGCUUUCCCGUACUUUUCUCGUUAUGAGUUUUUAGGGGCUUGGUGCGCGGAAAAUAAUUAUAUCAGUUGCGACUUACGUAAAGCAACGAACAUUUCUAGUGUAGGGCUUGACGCGAAUGGCACUUUUGAACUUUGCUUGUAUCAGUAUGAAAUCUUAAUUUUCCGUUCUAAAUUCAGCAUAAAUAUUGUUUAUAAUUGAUCCACUCCUCUAUUGAUUAAGCCUUCCUUGACAAUGCAAUACAACGGCUGUGUAUAUAAAAUAAAACGCCUUACAAUUAUAGCUUGGUCAUGACUAUCAGCCGAAAAUAUUUGCAAUCGAAUGACCAUGUCGUAUAUUGUCGUUGCAAGGUUAAACCGGCUACAGUUUAUUGGAGGGGACCUUGUAUCCACUUGAAAAGUAUGGUCGGUCAUAAACAUAUAUCCUUGCACUGACUUUGGCUUAGUUAGGCAGGGUUUCCUCCUCCCGGCCAAGUUAGUGUUUAUAAAUAUGUUCGAGUAGGGCGGUACAUAUCUUUAUAUUUUUGUGUGAAUUAACUUUGUUAUAUACCUCUAACAAAUAUUUUGGGUGUUGUAUAUUUAACUUGAUCCACUCUGCUAACAUGAAGCGCCUGUAAAACCAGCUCCUUAUUUUGUCUGUUGCUCCCUAGUUGUAUGCUACCAUUAGUCCGUUUAUCAGAACAGACUUUAGCUUAGAUGGUACUUAAUCUUUCGCGUUCUGACGCGAUCCUUCCCUGGUAACCGAGUAAGAAUUAAUCCUUUUCGAACAUUUGUUCGAGCGGACCUUGACCAGAAAUGGUAGGUCAUUAACAAAUAUCUUCGUUAUGGCUGUUUCUUAGUUUAGGAGGGUUUAUGUUAAUAUGAUGGCAAGACCGGAAAAACAACAUCCUUUGCUACAUACCUCUUACAAAAUCGGUCUGAAAUAUAAGGCCACUUGCUAUAUCUGGUAGUACUUUCUGCACCUUUUUAACAUAUCAAUAGUGCAGUCUUUGCCUGAAUAUUAUAUUAUAAUUUUGCGUCGACAUUACUGUCGCGAUCCAUCCCUUCUGCGUUAAAACGCAAAUUAUUGCUAUGCUGAUUUUAUUGGAAACUAACAUGUAAAAGUAAUAGUUGCAUGAUGUCUUAGCGUCCAGUCUUACCUUAUAGAACCUUACGAGAUAGUGAUGAAUAAUUCGUCUCAAUUUCUCAUUAGCUGUGAAUGGAGACAUUUCUGCAUGUUGCCAGUUUCUUCAUUGUCAGCCUGUAUAUGGACUUCGACCUCUUUGCAUUGCCUGCAAGUUGCCAUGCCAUUUGGCUAGUGAUUUUCUUGUGUUUAUAUUCCUUUCUAUAAAUUUAAACAUGCUAUAUGCCAUAAUAUCAAUUAAAUAAGGUCGCGUCAAUUUUACCAUCUACCUAUGUGUUUGUUGUUUGUGAAUGAUUGUAUAAGAAUAGUUUUAGAAUAUUUGUACUGAAGUAGAUAGAUAACUGUCAGAGAAAUGUGUAAUACACUGAAAUUGUCCUAUGGAACUGUCCAUACAAUUUUGAAGAAAAUGUUAAAUAUGAGAAAAGUUGCAGCACAUUGGAUUCCAAAACUGUUGAAUUGUGAACAGAAAAAAAUGCGCAUUGAAGCUUCUAGGAACAUUCUGCACACAUGUCACACACUAGUUAAAUUUUUUAUCAAUUGAAUAGUGACAGUAGAUGAAACAUCGAUUCCGCUGUACGACCUUGAAAGAAAAUAGGAUUCGUGCAUUUGGAAGAUACUAGCCUCUCCAUCCCCACAUAAGGUAAAGGUCUGUCGGUUGCAAAAAAAAAAUGUUUAUCGUCUUUUACAACAAGGAAGGCGUUGUUCUGACACACGCAGUACCCAUUGGAUAGACAUUUGACGCACCUAGCUCCAAAGGUCUUAACAAUAGUUGAAAACUUUCAUAAGUCAUGAUCAUGAUAUAAACUUGCACACCUCUAUUUUUCUUGCUGGCCCCACCCCUAUUUUUAAAGUUAUGGCCCCUGAUAUAGUCAAAAAUGCAUAUUUUUACCUACUUAUAUGCCUAGCUGAAAAGGUGUUGAAUGUAAAUUUAUGAAACCAUGCUUGAGUUUUUAUCAUGAUGUGACCUUUCGCAUUUGACAUACUUCUUGAGAAUCUUUGCGCUUAUUACAGAGGUAUGGCCCUUGAAAUAGCCGAAUAUUUUUGUGAUGCUCAUAGCUCAAAAAUAUAUGGCCUAGAAUAAUGAAUCCUUUUCAUAAAUUGUUUGUAUAGGCUAAACCCCAUUAACACUGCAAACAUUUGAAUAUUGCCCCUUAUUAGUGACAAACGUACCAGCUGGGGGCACACCAUGUGUCCUACAGACACAUUCUAGUUUUUUCUAAUAUAUGUAUUUACCCCUUUGUAAAAUAUCCCGCGAAAAUAAGAAGUGCAAACAAAUGUUAAAGCAUUUCCCCGUUAUUAUAUUGAUAAUCCCUCGUACAUAGACUAUUUUGCUUGUGUUUUUUUUUCUGCAUGGAGGAAAUGUAGUCAAUAUCAUAUUGGUCAUUCUAUGAUUAAACUUGAAUUAGAGAAACUGUUUAUAAAUAUUCAGAUGUAUCAUGUUUCGUAAGUAAUGCUCAUAAUUUGUUGCAUAAAUAACACGAAAAAUACUCAGAGUGCACAACGUCAUACUGCUUCCAUGACGUCCUUAACGUCACGUGAUUAUUUACUUAAAAAGCAUUUUAAGUGUUAAAAUUUUAAAGAUAACUUCUUCAAAUUUUAAAAUUGUAAAAGUAAAAGAAUCAAUUUCGAUUUCUGUCAGUAAUACAUGUUUUCAUAUAGAAAGAUCCAAUUAUAUAUCUGCACUGAGAUGUUCGGAAGUAUGUAAAGUCACUUACAUUCAUCACAAAUAUAUUUUAGUGUGCAAAUUAGUAGCUUAUUCUGUUUAACCAGUUAUUUUUUUUUUCAAUUUCAUGUUUGUGCCGGAAGCUGCCAUGUAUAUGAUGCAUCAAAAAAUGCAAUUUGAUGUUCCGCUGUACCAAAAGUUUGAAAAAUGGUUGAAAUGCCCUACCCUUACUGAUUCCUAGAAUAUUAAUAAUUUUUCUCAAUAUUUGUUAAUGUAAUGAGAAAUAGUUUUUGGUCUGCUGCUCUCAUUAAACAAAAUUAUUGUAACUUUUUUACGCCAACGUGGUAUUUUUCUCUCCGCAUACAGAAAGAUCAAUUAACAGUCAUUGUUAAAAAGAUACCUUUAGUCCACAGUCAACUUCAGUUCUGUCUUAUUGAAAAAAUCAUAUUAUGAAGCAAUAAACUAAUAACACAAGCAUGGAAAUAUAUACAUAUAUUUGUCACCGUAGUUUCUUUUUUAUCUUGAUAGCAAGAAAAAAAUGUUACAUGUCUGUUUUUAGAGUAUAACAUACAAAGAUAAAGUACCUUUUUGUGAUUGUGUUUCAGGUCUGUUUGUGGAUCAAGUUCCCGAAAGGUUGACUUGGGUAUAAUUGCCUUUGAAGUUGUAUUGAAAAUAUUUGUUUCAUUGAACUAAAACAACUAUGCGUGCUAUAUUUUUGAGAAAAAUAUGGAUGAAAAAGUGUUUAAGUGCAGGACAUAAUUUGAGAUGCACUUUGGUUAUUGCACUUUGUUUAGGAUUUCUUUAUUUAUAUCUUUUCCUAAACAUUAAAAUAUCUCACGGUUCUGACAACUAUUUUGAAAUAACUGCUGGAAAUGAAAUUGUUAAAAAGAAAAAAGUAGGCAUUUUGAUUGCUUGUUCCUAUCACGAAAACAUAAACUCAGCACCAUUAACACUUUUACAGUUAUCAGUAUUGUGCUUACCAUCUAUAUUUAAAACAGUGGAAACUAGAUAUGAAUACAAUAUAUAUAUUGGAAUUGAAUCAGAUAUUGAUUCUGAAUCUAUGAAUCUGAAUUACACAAACGCUUUAAACGUCAGUUUGCUUCUUCUGCCAAAAGCAUUUUAUGCUGACUCCAUUAACAUGUUAGCCAUUCAUGCUUUCAACCAAGGUUUGGAUUAUUUCGUUAUCAUUCCGUUUGACGCGCAAUUAAAAUGGAAAUAUUGGACAAGCAGAGCAAUCAUGUCAUUGAAAGGACACUGUCCGUCAGAUGUUGGCGUUUUUCUUCAGCAAUGUAGUGAAAAUAAUAUAAUGUCCAUCGUUAGUCGUACACACAUUCAACGAUUUGGGUAUGUCUAUCCACCACAGUUGCCAUAUAAUCAAUUUGCUGAAUGGAUUACUUCAAUCUACCUUCCAAAUUAUGUAUCGUCAUUCAGUUCAAAUCAAGAGCAUGACUGUCUCGGAAACAAGGAAAAUAAAGAAAGUGCAAUGCUUCAAAAACCUAGUCAGCCACGAGAAGAAGAACGCAGAGGAUCUGCUUGUGUCGUGUCAUAUUCAUUGUAUGGAUCAGACAAACGUUAUACAGAUGGUGCAAUUGAAAACGCUGAAUUAAUGAAAACAAUAUAUCCUGGUUGGACUAUGUGGGUGUACCAUGAUUCGUCUGUACCUCCACCUUUAAUUCAAAUGCUUUGUGAGCAAAACCAUAUAAGAUGUAUUGACAUGACCGGAAGUAAAAUAGGUAACAAAAUGGUUUGGAGGUUUCUUGUUACGAGAUCACAUAACGUAGCAAAAUAUAUUGUAAGAGAUAUCGACUCAAGAUUAAGUAUGCGAGAAAAAAUGGCUGUGAAUGAAUGGAUUGAAUCCGGUAAACGUUUUCAUGUAAUGCGUGACCAUCCAGCUCAUAAAUACUUAAUCAAUGGUGGUAUGUGGGGAGGAACUGGAGGUUCACUCAGAGAUUUAUAUGUAAAACUGAUUCAAGAAAACCCGCAAAGCAAAUACAAAUCAGACAUGACAUUUUUAGACAAAGUUGCGUGGCCGAUAAUUAAAACUUCUGUUCUUCAGCAUGACUCAUAUUAUUGUGAAAAAUAUAAAGGAAAACCAUUUCUAACACCACGUAACGAAUGGGAGCAUGUUGGAAGUGUUUUUAUCAAAAACAGGUCUAGAGAUAUUGAUAUCGAAUUGAUGAAGAAAUAUAAACCACCGAAGGCAUGCCAAUCAGAUAUCAACAUUUGGGAACAUUUAUGAUGAGUUUCACAGCAAAUAAUUACUUUUUUUGAGAAUCUUUGAGAAUUGUGUCAACAUAUGACAUAGUCUAUACCGAUGACCGAGGCAUCGCAAUACCUUUUGUCACGGCGAACUAAUAAUGUUAAACUUGUGUUCUUCAAAUUUCACCAAGCGAGAAACAUUCUGCCAAAAGUUUUAGUACUGCUGGACCUAAACUCUGGAACGAAUUGCCUCUCGAAUUAAGGAACUCAGACACAUAAAAUGUUUUAAAAAAGAAGUUGAGAACUCAUUGAUAAAGAAAUUAUUAUGCUCUCUUUUAGAGCCUGUAACAGUGAUUUUGAAGAUACUGUGGUAACCUGAACUGUAUGGUUUUUACUCUCUAAGUUCAUUCGAAUAUCAACAAUUUGUCAUUGUUUAAUACAAACGUAAAGUUGUUUGUAAUAACUUACGGACAUGUCGCAAUAGCUUACUUUUACUUACUUACUAAUACAAAAUCUUACUGUAUCUUGAUAUUCUUAUAUCUUAUUAAUCUUAUCUGAUGUUUAAAUUUUAGCUCGACUAUUCAUAGAAUACGAGGUAAUGGACACGCCCGUGCGUCGGCGGCGGCGUCCGCGUCGGCGUCCAGAUUCGGUUACUUAUUUGUAUGUAAGCUGGUAUCUCAGUAACCACUUAUGGGAAUGUAUUGAAACUUCACACACUUGUUCACUGUCAUGAUCUAACAUGCACUGUUCAUGUCCCAUAACUCUACUUUGUAUUUCUUUCAAAUGUACUCCCUUUUUUUUGACUUAGGAAGUUUUGGUUAAGGUUUUGUAUGUAAGCUGGUGUUUCAGUACUCACUGAUGGGAAUAUAUUUAAACUUCACUUGUUCACUGAUAUGAUAUAACAUGCACUAAAGAGGUCCUCUAACUCUGCUUUGUUUUAUUUUUCAAAAUUAUGCUCCUUUUUACUUAUUCAAUUUAAUGAUCUAACAUGCAUUUUGCAGGUCCCAUAACGCAGGUUUUUUUAAAUAAUGCCCCUUUUCGAGUUUGCAGUUUUGGCUAACUUUUUAUAUGUAAGCUGGUAUCUCAGUGUCCACUAAUGAGAAUGGAUUGAAACUUCACACACUUGUUCACUAUCAUGAUCUUACAUGCACUGUGCAGGUCCCAUAACUCUACUUUGCAUUUUUGUAAAAUAAAAAUAUGCCCCUUUUUCGAUUUAGCAGUUUUUUUUGGUUAAGUUUUUGUAUGUAAGCUGGUAACUCAGUAUCCACUAAUGGUACUAAAAUGAAACUUCACACAUUUGUUCACUGUCAUGAUUUUACAUGCACUGUGCAGGUCAGAUAACUCGACUUCGCAUUUGUUCAAAAUUAUUCCCCUUUUUCGACUUAGCAUUACGUGUGUUAGAGAUUCACCAGGAGGGGAUUACUUUUAUUUACACUGCCCUGUGUCUUUGGAACAUGAUGGGGGUAAGAGUGAGGAAGGGUGCGCACCAUAAACCGGUUUAAGAUUCCCAAUGGUGUUUUUGCCACUGACCGUUCCAAGGCCUUGCCCAAGUGUGUUCCUUUGUUUGUUCGUUUUGUCCUCUUGUGUAGGCUUUGUGUGUGUGCGCGUGUAUGUGUGUGUGUUCCUUUGUUUGUUCGUUUUGUCCUCGUGUGUUGGCGUUGUGUGUGUGUACGUGUAUGUGUGUGUGUGUGCUUGUGGUGUGCACGUCUGCAUGCUGUAGGUUUCGUUUUGGGGAGGCUGCGAUUUUGGUACGUGGCAUUCCCUGUUUGAUAUUUGUCUUUGUUUUUUAGCAGUGUUUUGUUAAGUUUUUGUAUGUAAGCUGGUAUCUCAGUAUCCACUAAUGGGAAUGGAUUGAACGUUCACACACUUGUCCACUGUCAUGAGUUGAGCACUGUGCAGGUUUCAUGACUCUGUUUGGCAUUUCUACAAAUUUAUGCCUCUUUUUCGACUUUUAUAUUCAUUCAAUUUGCAAGGCUGUUGAAUAGUCGCACGUUGCUGUCCUCCGACAGCUUUUUGUUGUUAAAUACCUACUAUAUAGUUUAUUUACAAUGAUAUUUAUGCUAAUUUAUUUUUCUUACAUCUAGAAUAUGUCUUACUUGUUAGACGUAUUUUUUAUGUGUUUGUAAAACGCCAUUGAAUAUGUUUUACGUAAAAAUAGGUGUUUAUUCAAAUUAAAACAGUUCCAAGAA